AAGCGGGCUUCAAACCCUAAAGAAACCCUUCUCCUUCUCUUGAAAUCGCCAGAUUCUCAUUCUCCAAACACACGUACGUCUCUCUCUCUCUCUCUGCGCCGUCGAUCUGGUGGGUCGUACCUUCGAUCGGUGACAUUUCAAGAAAGCAGAAAGGUAGAAGCAGCUCCAAGACAGAAAAAGAAAACCUAAAGUAAAGAAGGAAAGACAGAGAGAGAAAGAGAAUGGAGAAAGGAAACACGCAAGAGAUAAAGCAUCUGGAAGACUGCUCUGUUUCCAAUGCUCUAGGCACGUGGGUGUUCUCUGUUGCAGGGGCUCUGCUGGCGAUUCCAGUAGGGAUACGGCGGAAGUCGUUGGCACCCCUUGUAUUCUUCGGCACUACUGGCACUAUGCUUGAUAUUAUCAUGGGCAUAAGUGCUUGCGAAAGAGAACACGCAGAGCAUCAAAUGAAGCUUUUGGAAGCGCAGAAUCUCACAAACGAUGCUGUAGUGGAGACUGAAAGCGUACAUCAACAAUAAUGGCUCUCUAUUCAGUUCCUCCUGUGCAAUCUCUCAUAUCCCUCUUCGUGCAUCUCGUUGUACAAAAGCAGAAGGAAUCACACUUCUAUUGCCCUGGAUAUCUCAAUGCCUUCUUUCCUUUGCUUUUGCCUAAUCUGAAUUACUUUAAAUUGGGUGCCUUUCUCAA